GAGACCCCGCCCCCUGCCGCCAGCACUUAAAGGCGCAGGCCCCGAGCGGCCCGAGGCUCUGGGGGCGGAGGCCGGUCUGGGCGCGUUCUCGGGCAGUCUCUUCUCACCGGAGAGUAAAGACUCAUCGGAGGAGAAGGGGAGAGAAACAUCGAUGAAGGCAGAGAGCCAGAGGCGCACAGAAAGAUACUGAGAGAGGCAGAGACAGACUCAGAAAGAGACAAAAAGACAGCCAAAGAAUGGCGAGACUAAAAGAGAAAGGCAGAAAGAGGGAGAAACGUAGGGUAAGAGAGACACAUACAAAGAGACAGAAGGAGAGACGGAGACACAGAGAACGACAAAGACUCGCACGCGGAGACAGAGACAGGGAUGCAGAGACCGGUGAAGAGAAUGGAGAUAAAGCGACAGGGAUAGACCGAGAAUCUCCCCAGAGGCAAGAACCCGGCAGGCGGCGCUGUCCACAUUCUCCCUCCCGGUCCCCUCCUCCCCAGUCCAGGAAGCUCUGGGGACCGAGGGCCAAGGGUGCUGGGGGGAAUGGUGUCUGGGCGGAGCCACUGGGGAAGAGUGACCAACCUCUCCAGCAAUGCUGCCUCCCAGCUGGCAGAAAACUCCAGACCCCGAGGAUGUGGGCUGCAGCCUCCUCUCCUCUGCACCGGAGCUGGGGUUCCAGGACUCUGUCCACGUAUUUAACUCUUGGCGAGGACUUGAUCUGUCCGGGCCUCAGUUUCCCAGUCUAUAAAGUGAGGGCGAGGAUCCACAUGUUACCUCCCCCCAAGGGCUGAAUCUGGUGCACACGAAACCCAGGCAAGUAUUCACUUUCUGAGCGGGCCACUCUCUGGAUGGGCCAACUGAGGACAGAGAGGGCAAAGGCUUUCCCGAGGUCACAUGAUCUCGUGGGGACCACCUGCGCCCUCUAGACCAGUGUGGGAUGAAGGAAAGAGAGGCAUGGCCGAGUCCUGGCUUGGGAUCUGUGCCCUGUCUGUCCCUGUCUGUUCGAACAACUUCCUGAUCCUCAGUUUCCCUUUCUAAGAAAUGGGCGUGUGACAGCAACAGCAGUGUGCUGGAGCCACCCCAAGCAAGCCGAUUGUUUUGAAAUCUCAGGAGUUAUGGAACCGGUUGUUAAACGGCCAUAUUUAAAAGUAAAUCAUGCAAACAUACAAUUAAAUAUAUUAUAUUUAAAACAGAGAUAAUACAUACUCAGCACAUCCUAAAAAAAAAAAAAAAAAAAAGGCUUGGGGAGCCUGGCAGCACCAGAAGGCGAUGGAGUGAUGGGCGGGGCUGUCAAUCAGCGGCCGGCACCCCCUGGCCCUAUAAUGACCUGAAUGUUUAUCUCCAUGGCUGCACACAGGGUUUCCCAAACUUAGGCUCCUGGCAGCUUUACAUCCCCUCUUUGUUGAACAGUAAGUCAAUGAUUAAAUACUUUCUGAUUUCAUUAUGCUAACUGGUAUUAAAUUGCAUUAAUAAAUUCUAUCACUGACAUUCAUGGAAAACCAAAGUCUUAAACCACAGUACAAGAAACGGACUGAAAAACAAAGCAAGCAAGCAAAAACAAUAACAACAGGCCGGGUCCCAGGAGGAGCAGCAGCAGCGACAGCCCUAUUGGCGGGCACAAAGGCAGCGGACCCAUCGGAGGGUGGCAGGUGUGGGGCAGUCUGGCGGGCCAGUGGCCGGGGGGGCCCCAGCCUCCUCCACGACGCCCCGCCCCGCCCGCCCGUGGCCCCGCCCCGGCCCCGCCCCCGCCUCCCUCUCCAGCGGGCGGGGCGGGGCCGCCAGGGGCGGUCCGCGAGCGGUGCCGCGAGGCCGUCGCCCUCCGCCUCCCGGUCGUCGAAAGGGCUCCCGGCCCCCAGGAGGAAUCCGCCCGGGGAUGUCGCGGAGUGGGGGAGGGCCGAGAAUUCCCCAGGAAAGACAAGAAGCCCGGGUCGAGUCUCAGAAAAUGCGAGGUACUCUGUUGAUGUUAUCGUUCCCUGCGGGCCCCUCCCAGAGCUCACCUGAGCGACCGACAGGGGGUGGGAAGGGGGAGGGACGGGCGCGAUCAUCAACCCUUGGAAUGUGGGAAGCCUGGGGUCCCUGUUACCCCCGAAAGCAGCCUUCUGCAACCCACUACCCACCCCCGAACACCACCAUGGUCGGAAACUGAGGCGGGUCAAAGACUUGCUCCAGGUCACUGAGUACAUUCUGGUGAAAAAAGCUAAAGCAACAGCGGUGGGAAAGGGAAGGGAGGUGCGUGUGAGCAAGCCCGCCUCCCCUUCCUCGCCUCCUCAGACUCCUCAUCAGGUCAAGCUCAAGGAGGCCUCCAAGGGACCUGGGGAGGCCAGGAAGACUACACCAUAGAUGCUCAGUAUUGAAAGCGAUGACAGGAGGAGUUCCCGUCGUGGCUCAGUGGUUAACAUAUCCGACGAGGAACCAUGAGGUUGUGGGUUUGAUCCCUGGCCUCGCUCAGUGGGUUAAGGAUCCAGCGUGGCCGUGAGCUGUGGUGUAGGCUGGUGGCUACAGCUCUGAUUCGACCCCUAACCUGGGACCCUCCAUAUGUCACAGCUACUGCAUUAAAAAGUUAAAAAAA